AACUGUAAGGGGCAAGAGUCUGCAACGCAACAAGAUCUGCAGCUGUUUCACAAGCCGACACUUUCCUGUUUACUCAUAAGAUUCUGCAGCGAUCAGGCUUGUUGAGUACAGACAAAAAUGACCGCAGACAUGAGUGCCUCUGCAAUGACCAAGAUGGACAUCGACGACAGUAAAUUUGGCUACAGUCAACUUUCAGGGAAUGGCAGCAGGUUCUGGAACUCAGUUAACGGGUUGAGAAGGAACCCGUUCAAGCUGGUUGCAGCUGGUCUCGGACUGUUGUGUGUUUUUCUGCUGGCUGGAGUCAUCGGUCAGCAUCUCCACUAUCGUAAAUUAGAGGGAGAAAACCAGAACCGUCUCAACGAAGUGACCAAAGUCAAAGACAACUUGCAGGAGAACCUGAAGACCGUGCAAAAGGACAAAAAAACCCUCCAAGUGGACAAAGACCAGCUACAGGGCAGAUAUGAUUAUUUAUCCAGGCAGAAUAAUCAGCUGCAAACAAAUGCCAACAUUCUGAAACAAGAAAGUAAUGAUCUUAAAGUUAAACAAAGCCAGUUACAGAUGGCAAACAGUGCAUUAAGUCAAAGCUUAAACCAAUUAAACUCCAGCCAGCAGCAGCUGCAGACCAAUAACAAGGCUUUGACUAAGGCCAGAGACCUCUUAGACGAACAACACAAGUCAGUGGUCAAACUCAACAAGGACUUACAGACAAGUUACGACACGGCGGUAAAGGAGAGGAACAAUUUAGAGAACAAGUACAACAACGCAACCAGAUCAAGAGAACAACUGCAGCUUAGCUGCAACUUAUUGACCAAGACUGUGGAGAACCUGCAGAAACACUACAACAUCUCCACCAGUGAGAAGGAGAAGCUUGCAAGCAGUCACCAAAACCUGACGAAGGAGAUGGCUGAGUUGCAGGCCAGUUACGACAUACUCGUGAAGGUCAACGAUCAGCUGCAGGCCAGUUACACCGUUUUACUUCAAGAAAAGGAGGAACUUCUAAGCACUAAGAUGAAUGUAACGGCAGAGAGAGACCAGCUGAAGAUGGUCAACUUCAAUCUGACUGCAGAGAGAGACAAACUGCAGCAGGAAGUUCAGAAACUGAACACAACCGCUCAAGAUAAGUUGUGUCCUGCUGGCUGGAAGAAGUUUCAGAACAGCUGCUACUAUGCUGCUUCUGGACGGAAAUCGUGGCGCUUGAGCAGAGUGGAUUGUCAGAACAGAGGUGCUGCUGACCUGGUCAUCAUAACCAGUGAAGAAGAAAUGAUGUUCAUCAAUAGCUUGUAUUCAGGAGACAGUGAAUCCUGGAUCGGUUUGACUGAUCAAGCUGUACAAGGACAUUUUGUUUGGGUCGAUGGGAUGCCACUUAUCUGGACGUUUUGGGCUCAGGGUCAACCCAGGAGCUAUAACCGGAGGAACUGGGACUGUGUGGGGUUCUGGCACCAUUCCACGGAGCAGGGGGAGUGGAAUGUGAAAAACUGUCGCUCAAAAACACAGUGGAUCUGUGAAAAGGAGUUUUAUUCUGUAUGAAUUUCACACUUCCUU